GAAACUCAGGAAAGGAGGUUCAUUCGUAUCAAAACUGAUUGCUGCCAAAUCAUCUAAAUUUAGGUUAGCCUUGCUAAACUAGAUUGCAGACCAAAUAGCAGAUGUUGACCAUGAAUUCUUGAUACUGUUAAAUAUUAGAGGCAAGACAGGGACACUCUUCACAAGCUUUCAUAAUUUCCCAAGUGCAAAACUGCAGCAUCAAGGAAUGGAAUUCAGUUUACCUCUUCCACCUCAGCUUGAUAAAGGUGGUGUCAUUUUCAAGCAGUGGAACAAUUUUUUACAACGAUAUCAUUACCACAGAAACACUUAUCAAGAUGCAGGUUUGGAUUCACCAUCAGUCUUGUUGUUUGCUGCUCGGCUUCAGAUGAGUAAUAUUUAUGAGUCAAUGAAAAUGAUAGACAUUGACUUACCAAAAUUAAAUAGUAUAUUAGAAGUAAUUGAACAAAUUUGCCUUCCACAGUUCAUUCUUCUGUUUGAAAGGUAUCGCUAUUUCACUCUGGAACAAGAAACAUCUGAGACGUUAAACGACUUUAUUCACGUUUUGCGCAAACAAGUUGAGCUUUGUGAAUUUGGUGAUCUAAAAUUAAAAGACAGCAUAAUGACCAAUGCCUUGGUUAAUGGUGUCAUAGAUGAGAAUUUUAAACAAAAUUUACAAAACACUGGUGGGCUUUGUUUCGAUGAUGCAGUAACAAUUUGCAGUGGGGUGGCUGGAUCAAGUAAAACUAUGAGCGUGGAAGAUAUAAACACUCUGGUAGCUAAAAGUAAAAGGGGCAGGGGAAGACUGAGGUCCUCUGUGGUAUCCACAUAUAAAAAAAGCAUGUACAUGAUGCCUGUUUAUGAUAGCAUGAAUGAAGAUGGAGAUGCGGAGGACCAUAUAGUGGAAACUGUCCUUGAUGAGGGUGAAAGGAAAUCCAAAGUCAAGGCAAAGCGGAAUGUUGCAUCAGCCCACAAAAAAAGCAACACCAAACAGUUCCUUUGUUACACUUGUGAUAACGAGUAUGCCACGAGGAAAUCAUUUAGACGCCAUAUUGCAAACAAACAUGGGGAUCACAAAUCUUUUUACUGUAAGCACUGUAAAAUUACUUUUAAUAAUAGGACAGAAUGUAUAACCCACUGUAAAGGGCACUCCACUACUCCUUCAUCAACCGGGCAGCCUGGCUCUUGGAAAAAGACAGAUGGCACAGACUACCUGUGCUGGUACUGUGAUGAGACAUUCACUAACCUACCUGAUUACAAGACUCACUGUGCUACUCAUCUAGCUGUCAGAGUCUUUCACUGUGACCUGUGUCAAAAGAAAAAUCACAACAUUACCAGAAUGGUGGGGCAUCUCAAAGGGCAUUUGGUGCCCAGGCACAAGUGUGAGAUUUGUGGCAAUUGUUUUGGUAGAGAUGAACUGCUUGCUGCUCACCUCCAAACACACGCUGAGAAGCCAGUUCAUCAGUGUGAGAUCUGUGCCAAGAGUUUCGUCAGCGCCGACCGUCUUCACUGUCACAUGAGGACCCACUCGGGUGAGAAGCGCUUCACGUGUGAGCUCUGUGGCAAGUCUUUCUCACAGAAGAUGAGUUUCGACUACCACAAGCGUUGGCAUGCAGGAGAGAAACCUUACGAGUGUGACAUUUGUGGUCGACGCACAAUCUCUUUUGGUGACUUGAGGAAACACAAACGCAUGCACAGUGACAGGAGACCUUACGUCUGUGAAGUCUGUGGCAAGAGCUUUCGCUUUAUUUCCAAUCUGAACAGACAUCGCCAAGGCCACACUGGCAAGAGAUCACAUGUAUGCACUGUUUGCGGCAGGACGUUUAUCUAUGGGGAGGGACUCCGAGAUCACAUCAAAGCGGGACGUUGCCCUGGAAGUAAGAAAGAUGGGAUGGGUAAAACGCCCCGCGGCCCCAGACGUGGCCCAUCAGUCCCUAAUCCCCAGAUGAUGCCUAUGAUGGACAAUGUUAAUCCUCCAGGUUUUCAAGUCACUCACCAGCCACCUGAAAAUUUACAAAACGACUUUGCUCCUUGGCAGUAUAUGAUCCGAAAUAAUGAGGCAGAAGGUACAAGUGGGUUUGUUCUAGUACCGCCAUUUUAUUAAAGUAUACUUUUUUCUAUUUCACAAUUUGAUGAUUGACUGUAAUUUAAUAGCUCUUAAUAAUUUAAGAGUGUGUACAUGUAGCUCGGUUUUUUUUUUAGCCUAUUGAGAAAAUGCAAGAUUUAAAACAAAUUUUUUUAAAGGAUACAUUAAUUUAUUUUCUUUGAAUUUGAAGGGUAGAAAAUUACAAUUUUUCUACCUUAAAUGUUCCAAUUUAACCAAGAUUUUGAGUUUGAAAUGUUCAAAUAAGUACACUAUAGUCACUGUGCCUGUUUUUUUCAUAAUUUUCUUGUGAUAUUAGAGUGUGAGAAUUUUCUGUCUAGUGCAAAUGAGAAUGAUCCAUUCAUAAUAAAUCAUCCCUAAAUUAGGAAGUUUGAGCCAGCUUUUUAUAUGGCUGCAGCUAUGUUCAUAUAGCUUAGAUGUACAUGAUUCUUUUACCUGUGAUACAGACAAUUAUACUUUGGCCGUAUUGAUUUGUUGUAGACUCAGAUAAAACCAUUGCUAGAGAUGAUGUACGCUACCAUAUAUUUGCUAUUACAGCAUAACUUUUAUUUAUACAUGUAUUUUAACCAAAAGUACUUGUUUAAUAUUAUAUAAGUACUUAAUCAUAUGUAGUGUUGUUAGCAGUAUAGUUGCAUUUGUAGAGCUGCACAUUACCCCAGGUAUUGUAGUUUUUAAUUGUACUGGUUUAAUUUGCAUUUGGUAAAUGUCAAAACAAGAAUCAAUUGUGUUUAAAAACUUGUAGUGAUGAAGCCAGGGAUUGUAUUAUUAAAUAAUUCACUUAGAUAUUGCUUGGUAUAGCAUGUGAAUACCUCUCUUUUUAAAAGUAUGUUUUCUGUUGCAAAAAUCUUUCUCUGAUGUAGGUCUUAGAGAAUAGUUUUUGUGUCAAACUUUUUCAAUGUUUUAGUUAUUGUGGUACUGUAUCUACACUUAGAGCUGUAGUGUUAAGAUGUUGUUUUAAAUUACUUCUGUUGAUCUUAAAAUUUCUGAGGUCACAUCAUAAUUUAUUUUACUGUCCUCUGAACCACAUAAAAAAAAAUUUGCUAUUAUUUUAUGUCUACUUUUUAAUACAUAAAAUGAUUAGAGUUUACGCGUCUAAGACUCACAUUCUUCUGAUUUCUAUUUCAAUGAAAACUGUAACCAUUGUGUCAAGAUGUUUUAUGUGAACUGUUUACUGUGAUGAUUGAGCUCAUGGGGAAAGUCAAAUUCACCUUGUUGUCUUGACAGUGUGCUUCACCAGGCAUCAUUGCAAUCCUUUUUAUGCUUUCAUUCAUUUUUUUAAUUUUCCACUUAAUGUUUAUCCUGUAAUGAAAUAUGGAAAGAUGUGCUUGAUACUUCAUUUAAGAAGUGAAGGAAUAUAAAUGUAAAUCACAUAUAUAUUACUGCUUCCAUGUUAAAAUACUUUGGUUUU